AGUAUGAUUUUUAAUUUUGUCAAUAUUUUAACUAGAUCAGGUAUCAUAUGUAGCGUUUUUUUUUAUUGAUUAAUAUGAUUAAACGUGAAAUAAUUCAAAUUCUUUUUGGAGGACACUUCUUUAGGACUCUAUCACAAAGUAAAAGGAUGAUACUGACCAGAAAGCAUUCAACGAACUUUUGGAACGUAAACACCAAAUCAGCUCAACCAGAUUUAGUUCCAGACGUAUUAAAAGUAAGAAUUCAUACAAAUUCAAUUCUCCUUGGAGUUGAAGAAGUAAAGGCUCCUAAUUUCCCUGACUCGGUAUCAUCUGGAGAUGUUAAACUAAUAAAGAAGGAAGGGGAUGCGGUAGCUAUGGAUGAAGUCGUGAUGGAAAUAGAGACAGACAAAACAGCACUGCCAGUGAUGUCGCCGGGGAAUGGAAAGAUUGUGAAGUUGCUGGUGAAGGAAGGGCAGUCUGUCAAGUCACAGCAACCUUUGUUUCAGGUGGACGUGACUGGAGUCGCUCCAGCCAAGGCAGCAGCUCCGGCAGCGGCACCAGCAAAAGCGCCCGCCGCUGCAGCACCAGCACCGGUUGCGGCACCAGCUGCUGCACCAGCUGCUGCUACAGCCACUGCUACUCAAACCACCGUUGUAAAGAAAGCUGCUCCGGCUGGACCAACACCUGCAGCACUUAAAAUUGGAGAUCCAACUAAAACUAUAUCGGGGACAAGAGCUGAACUACCUGUGCCCAUGAAUAGAAUGCGCAAACGAAUCUCUGAGAGGCUCAAAGAGGCCCAAAAUACAACGGCCAUGCUAACGACGUUCAACGAGUGUGAUAUGAGCAAACUGAUGGCGUUUAGAAAGGCCAAUUUGGAGACGUUCACAAAAAAGUACGGCGUGAAGCUGUCUUUCAUGUCACCAUUUUUAAAAGCGUCGGCCAAUGCACUGAUCGAUCAGCCCGUCAUCAAUGGCGUUAUACAGGGCGAUAACAUUGUUUACAGAGACUACGUCGAUAUAUCAGUAGCGGUGGCGACACCGAAGGGUCUCGUAACGCCGGUAGUGAGGAAUGUGGAUUCCAUGGAUUUUCCCCGUAUAGAACUAGCAAUCAAUGCUCUCGCCGAUAAAGCUAGAAAAGGUAAGUUGACGCCAGCUGAUAUGCAAGGAGGUACGUUCACUAUCAGUAACGGCGGCGUGUUCGGCUCGCUGUUGUCCAUGCCUAUCAUCAACAUGCCACAGAGCGCCAUCCUCGGAAUGCACGCUAUCUUUCAAAGACCAGUCGUAAUACAGGGAAAGAUUGAAAUUAGACCCAUGAUGUACUUGGCUCUGUCCUACGACCACAGACUUAUAGACGGACGCGAGGCAGUCAUGUUCUUGCGUAAAGUAAAAUCAGGUGUUGAAGAUCCUACAUCCAUUCUAGCUGGAAUAUAAAACGAAUUUGUGCUCAUGUAAUUUAUAUAUUUUUAAAAACAUUACACUAUCACGGACUUUAAAAUACUUGUAAAUAAAACUGUGAGAUUUUUAAAGUUGGUUGUAAGUAUGCAUAAUGCAUCUUUUAUAUGUUGUCAUGGUUGAUCAAACUAACACACAUGUAUUUUGUAAUUUAUACGAUGUCGUUGAAAUAUAUAUUUUUUAAUAA